GCAGCGAUUCCCAAUAGUUGAUCUUCAAGUGUUAGGCCAAACACACUCAACAUGCUCCGCUGGUUGCAAAUGGGCCUUCUUUCGGCCAUACUGUCUUUGGGACAAGGACAUGUUGUAUCUGGCUCGUUUAAUUUGACUCUCUACAGGCAAAUGCCCCCUCUAUACUAUCUCGACGACUACGACCUCUGCCUGGAUAACCAUUCUGGUACCUACUGCUUGGUGUACGUCGAGAUUCUGCCCAAUGCUAGCUCUGCUCUGUGGCACCAGAUUGACCAAGUUUCCCAGGACUCAAAGCACCGAUUUCGCCACGAUCGCGUCUUCAGGGGCGUGUGUCUGGAGAGCUGCAAGCAAAGUAUCAAUGACUUAUCUGAGUUCACGGAGUACGAGGAAGAAGAAAUCCUGGAUAAGGAACUUAUAUCCUACUACAACAAGGUACACCGUCGGGAAUCGAACUCAGACAGGGCUCUCCUCUAUAAGGAGGUUGUGAACAGCUGCCUGAACUAUAACUUCGGUGAAAAGUUUUCGCUCAGGUCUCGCAACCAUAUCGAGUAUUGUGUCUCGGCCUCGGACAUGGACUUGAAGCUGGAUUUGCUUGAUUUGACGUUUUAUGGUAUUCUGGUCCUAAUAAUCAUUAUAACUCUGUGUUCGUCUUUGCUUGACUACCGACUGAGCCAGAUGAACUCGCCAAAAACAGAAAAUUUCUAUCGAGAGCCACCAAAGAGUCGACGAAAGCGACUCCUUACAUCGUUCUCAGUGCUGCGAAACUAUCAUCGAUUGGUUGAGCCGUACAACUCAGAUUUCUCGCGCGAAGUGAGCUUUUUUGACGGGUUUCGGGUGAUCGGCGUGUUUGUAGUGAUCCUAGGGCACACGCUCAUGGUCUUUAUGACUGUUCCAAUAGAAAAUCCGGAGUUCUUUGAGCAGUUCCUUUUCAGAUUCGAGACUUCAGUAUUCCAGAACGGCAGCUUGGUCAUCCAGAUAUUUUUUGUUAUAAGUGGCUUUCUUCUCUACGUGAAAUUCACCAAACGCCAGCUGAUUCAACCCAAGACUAGCAUGCUUGAGUGCAUUGCUGUGUACUUCCGUGUGUUUCUCUACAGAUACUUUAGACUCCUUCCGUCGCUUCUCGCUCUCAUCCUGUUCAACGGAACACUGCUGGUGCGCCUUCAAAACGGCCCCUUUUGGCUACAUCUUACGGAGGCCGAGCGGGUCUUCUGUCGCUCCAACUGGUGGAAGAACGUGUUUUUCGUGGCCAACCACAUGCUGGAAGACAGUUGCUCUCAUCAGACAUGGUACUUAGGCGCUGACAUGCAACUAUUCGAGCUCUUUCUUAUAGUAAUUAUCAUAACCAAAAAGCAUCCCAAGUGGACGAGGGCAAUCUACACAACUCUUUUAUCGCUUGCCCUAGCAGUGCCUGCUGUGGUGACCUACGUUCUCGAGUUGGAUGGUAUCUACCAUAUUCGUCCGGAAACGUACCGCUACUUGUACUUCCGACAUUCUGACACAUUCUACCAAAUGUAUCCGCCCUUUUACACUAAUUUGGGAGGCUACCUGUUUGGUUUUCUGUGCGGUCAUUUUUACCUAAGGCAGCGUUCUGGAAAAGUAGAACUCCGGGGUCAACGUAAGUACGAGCUGGCCAUGUGGUUGCUUGUGCUGGCCACGCUGGCAGUGCUCUUCUCCGGCUACAUCUUCAUUCGACAGGACUUUGCGAAGCCAUCGCUAUGGCUAGCCCUGUAUGCAGGCAUCCACAAGAUCUUGUGGGUGCUAAUAUGCGCAGGAUUCGUGAUCCUCAUGUGCUGCAAGGUGGGAGGCAUGGCUUACGAUUUCUGCACAUUGCCGGUGUUUCGGCCUCUGGCAAGAAUCUCAUUUCAGUCGUUUCUCUGGCACAUUGUCGUCCUCAGAACAGUGGUGGGAUAUUUUAGGCAGCCGGUCUACGUCUCCAGCUUCUACUUGCUGUGCAACGUGUUGAGUGUGUUUAUGCUCACUCAAUUUGUGGCUGCGCUGGUGGCGGUGCUUCUUGAAUAUCCAUUUCUAGAGGUGCUGCGUUGCUUGACAAAGCCGGAGAAAGCACGGGAAGAAGUCGGCCCGGAAAUUCAAAUGAGACCCGCGCCGUCAGCUGUUUAGGGUUACC